UGAAACGUGUCAUAUGUCAAAUAUGGCGGCGCCCAUUUGGUCGAGUUUCUCUGUUCGACUCUUAUUUUCCAUUUUAUUGUUAAUUCAUAAUAUGUCACUAAGUACUUGUGAAACGGAAAGCUGCAAAAACGAUGCAUCAAAUGAUGAGGACAGUUCUUGCGGGUGCUCAACAAGUCGCCAACACUCUGAGAGCGAAAAACCUGUCGAGAAAAAUCAUGAGAAAAUGAAAUACACACAGUCCGAUUUACAAGGUAUUGAUAGUCCAUAUGCAAGAACUAAUCAGAUGGUCCCUAUACCAGAAGGAACGUUUUUGAUGGGAACCAAUAAGCCUGUUUUUGUUGCAGAUGGUGAAGGGCCAGCAAGAAAAGUAACUCUUAAAAAGUUUUAUUUGGACAAAUAUGAAGUCAGCAAUGCAGAAUUUGAACUUUUUGUAAAUGCUACUGGAUAUAAAACAGAGGCUGAGUCAUUUGGAAACUCGUUUGUUAUGGAAAUGUAUGUAAACAAAGAAGUUUUGGACAAAAUAACACAGGCAGUAGCAGCAGCACCAUGGUGGUUACCAGUGAAUGGGUCAGACUGGAGACAUCCAGAGGGGCCAGGCUCUGAAAUUAAAGACAGAAUGGACCAUCCAGUUUUACAUAUGUCUUGGAAUGAUGCUGUAGCAUAUUGUAAAUGGGCAGGAAAACGUCUACCUACUGAGGCAGAGUGGGAAUAUGCUUGCAAAGGCGGUCUUGAAGGCAGGUUGUUUUCAUGGGGCAAUGCAGAGAAUCCUAAAGGUGUUCACUGGAUGAAUAUUUGGCAUGGAGAGUUUCCUAAAACAAACACAGCCGAUGAUGGUUAUGCUGCAACCGCUCCAGUUUCAGAGUUUCCAGAACAGAAUAAGUUUGGAUUAAAGAAUAUUAUAGGCAAUGUUUGGGAAUGGACCCAGGAUUAUUGGGAGGUAAAACACAGCAAAGAAGCCAAAACAAAUCCUAAAGGACCUUCAAAGGGAACUGAAAAAGUGAAGAAAGGAGGCUCUUUUAUGUGUCAUAAGUCUUACUGCUACAGAUAUCGCUGUGAUGCUAGAAGUCAGAACACUGCAGAUAGCUCGGCUCAUAAUCUUGGAUUUAGAUGUGCAAGUGACCAACUUCCAGAAUAUUUGCAACAUUAAUUAACAUAUACAUUUAAAUGUAAAGUCAAAUAGGUGCAAUAGUUACAACAGUCAGACUAAUCAAAAAAAAUUCCAAUCAUACAGAUUGGAUAUCCUUAGGUCUGUAUCUCAAAAAUGCAUUUUCAUGCAGAAAACGUAGAUGGUCGAUGGAUUUUCUGUUUAGUUUUGUUCUGGAAUGUAUUGUUUAAUUUAAUCCUGUAACUAUAAAGAACAGUAACAUUUAAGACAUCAGUCUGCAUCACAGUGACUGUUGACACCUAUAACAAUAAUAAACUUUAUCUUUUCAUUUUCAUAAACUUGACAUUUUGUUGUGCAAUAGUUUUCUUUUGAAGGUUGGUAAUAUAAUUAGGUCACCUAGGAAAUCCUAAUGAUUUUUUACUGUGAUAUAUAUAUUAUAUGCUCUGUUAUGCUGUGAAAUCAUUAAAUAUUGUGGGCAUAAACUUCUAGGGUUUCAGCAAAAACAGCAAUUUCUCAAGGCCAAAACUUAUGUAGUUUUCAUUUCAAAGAUAAAAAAAUAUGACUGUCUGUUGAGAUUUGAUUUGAUGGAUAUAAGAAACAGUACAGGAUCACACAAUAUUAAUUUCACUGUAUUUAAGUUUUCUAGAACUUAUUAAGAUUUUCUUGUUCAUGUAAUUAUAUUGAUUAUGUUAAAUUUUGUAAAUCAUUUUUGGACAAGAAAGCUUUUCUUUUCAUAUUUAAACAGAUUUCAAAAUCCAAAGAAAACUUCAUUGUAAUUAUGUUUGUAUGCAUUAUACAUUGCAUGUGUAAGACAUUUUACGUUUUUGUUUGUUUUCAGCUUAAUUUAUUUUUACAUUGUAAAUGCUUUCAUUAAGCAGAAGUUUCUGUUUUGAAGGUAGUUCUGCACGUUCGGAUCGAAAUUUUUUCUACAAUGAAGAAUUUGAUUAAACUAUGAUUUUUUAGCUCGACUAUUCGAAGAAUAAGUAGAGCUAUCCUACUCACCACGGUGUUUGCGUUUGCAUCGGUGUCACACCUUGGUUAAGUUUUUCGUACCAGUCCACAUUUUGAGAAAACCUUUUGAGAUAAAGCUUUUAAACUUUCAACACUUGUGUACUUUUAUCACUUGUUCAUUAUAACAGUCUCUAUCUGUAGGCAAGAGUACAUAACUCUGUCAACUAUUUUGGCUGAAUUAUGGCCUUUUUGGACUUGGAAACUGAUUCAGUUUUUUGUACAAGUCCAGGUUUUGUCAAAACUAUUUGACAUGUGGCUUUGAAACUUUGAACACUUGUUUAUCAUCAUGAUCUCCAUCUGCAGGCAAGAGUACAUAACUCUGUCGACUAUUUUGGCUUAAUUAUGGCCCUUUUUAUAUGCCCGUCUCUGAAAGAGUGGAGCGUAUUAUGUGAACACCCGUGGCGGGCUGUCGGCGUCCAAAAGCAUGUCCGCUCUCUAAGUCGAACAGUUUUUAUCCGAUCCUCACCAAACUUGCUGACAAUGUUUUUAGGCAUAAUUUCUCAUAACAUGAUUUUCAUUUCCAUAUUCCAAAUUCAGGCUUUAUUCUACGUUUUCCGGAUAAAUGAUGUUACGCCAUCAGGUCCGGUUUAUCAGACAUGCAGAACUACCUUAACCUAAUAUUUUUGUUUAUUAAUCAGAAUUUUAUGUAACAUAUAUUGACCAGUUUUUAAAAAAAAUCAUUGACUAGAGAUUAGGCUUGAUUUUCAGCUUGCUGGAGCAAGAAGUUUUCAGGGGCUAACUACUGUAAUCACUUCUUCUUUGGCAUGUCCGUUUCUCAGUAUUUUUACUCUUGACACAUUGCAAACCGCAUUUCUUGAACAAUCUGCAUGAAACUAACACAGAAUUUAUUAGGCCACAAGAAUUGGCAAUAUUGCAGACCAACUUGAGUUAUGGCACUUGAAUUAAACAGAACUGCCAUAUUCCACAUUUUCAACUCCUCAGAGGCCAAAUGUUUUGCAGUCUUUAUUAAACUUACACAAAAUGUUAAUGGUCUCAUGAUUUAUGACGUUUGGGAAUAUUUGCAAAAAGACUGCUUCAUUGACACCAGAUUUUACAGGUCUUCCUUAAUCUUGUCGGAAUUUCUUUUUAAAACAUUCGUAACGUAUUAGACGCAUCGGCGCAGUCUGGUCAGGAUCCAUGCUGUUCGCUUUCUAAGCCUAUUGCAAUUAGAGAAGCCAUUAGCGAAAAGCAUGGAUCCUGACCAGACUGCAUGGAUGCCCAGGCUGGUCUGGAUCCAUGCUGGUCGCAAAGCCACUAUAUUGGUUUUCUCAUGGCACGGCUCAUUUCUUGGUCAUUCUUUAUGAAACUUACAAAAAAAUGUUAUUGUAUGUAUGAUUUGAGACGCAUUUGGUUAUAAGCAAGAUUGCUUCAAUAAAGUUAGCAUUAAAGCCAUUGAAAAAGUUUAAGUAAGACCAGAGUUAUGGUCCAUGAAUUAGUCAAAAACGUCAUAUUAAAAUUUUACAUCAUUGCCAGACUAGAGACUUCAUUGCAAGAGCAAUCUUCGUGGGUCUUCUUAAAUUUGCUUAGCAUGUACACAAUAACAAAAUCAAUACUAGUACCAUAAUGGGUGUGAUUGUUCAAAUAGUAAAAUUGUAAUAUUUACAGUUUGUUACAGAGUCCAUCUUCUAAAACCUUGAGGCGUUUAUUUGUACAAUUAUUCAAGUUAGCAAUAAAGAGCUAUUAUGGCCCUCUUGAUUCAAUCAAUUUAAAUGCUCUUUUUUUUUAUCAAGCUCUUAUUACAAUAGUUAGGCAUUUUUUCAUGUUUAUUCUUUUGAAUUCCCUUCUGGUUAAAAAAAGUUUUCAAGGUUAUAGGUUUGUGCCUCAUUGGUUCUUCCAUCAGUCCAUCAAAUCAUUUUUCUAUCCCAUUUUCAUCAGUUUAAUUGUACUUAACCAUGUAUAAAUGGAUUUUCAUAUACAAUUGCCUAGACUGACUGUAUCAAGAUAGGUGCAAGACCGAAACCCCUUACUUAAUGUUAAAGAUUUUAGUUCAUUAUACUUUUCUGGUCAAUAACUUUUUAGGCAUUAUUGGAUAUUCAGAUACUGAACAUUGGCUAUAUCAAGGCAACAUGCAAUACACUUGGACCAUUAGCUCAAAAGUUAUGGUCACACCAAGAGAUGUGCUUGGGCGUAGGAUCAUGAAAGUUGAUAAGGUGGAUGUUCAUGACCAGCAGGUGACCCUAAUGAUUUUGAGGUCAGUAGGUCAGAGGUCAAGGUCACAGUGACCUGGAACAGUUAAACCAUUUCUGGACGAUAACUUGAGAAUAAUUGAGCCUGAGAUCACGAAACUUAUAGGGAGGUUGAUCAUAGCCAGAUCACCCCUAUUGAUUUUGAGGUCAGUAGGUGAAAAGUCAACGUCAAAUUGACCCAGAAUAGUAGAACGUUUUUUGCUAAAUAACUAGAGAAUGCUUUGGUCUAAGAUCACAUUUGAUACAGAGUUUACUUAUGACUGGUAAAUGACCCAUUAUCAUUGAUUUGAGGUCAGUAUGUCAAACAUCCAGUGCACAGUUAUUAAAUAAUAUCUGUUCCUUGUGCAAUUACUGAACGCAUCAAGGGGGGCAUUUUGAGUUCUACGAGCUCUAGUUUUUCAUGAGAAUGUGGAAUGGUCAUAAACUUGUACUUCUAUUGUGCAUACUCAUCAUGACAAUGUAGAUAAAUACAUUCCAUUUCAUGUUGUUCAUCUUCCAUAUCUGUUACUAUGACCACGGAGAUAACCUCUGCUUGUAAGAAGAUCAUAUAUGAAUCUGUCAUACUGCUGGCCUAAUUUAUUUAUUUCAAUGUAUUUUCUCGAAUAGUUUAGAUUUUUGUGUUUCAGCUGAUGGGUGAAUAAUAAGCAUAAUAUAACAUUUUUUCUUAUGGCUAACUUUUUUUUAACUUGAAUAUUCAAGAAUAGGUAGAGCUGUUACACUCACCCAUGCGUGUGCACCCAGAUUUGGUUAUGUUUUUUAUGUAAGCUGGUAUUUCAGUAUCUGCUGAAAGAUUGAAUAUCUCACACUUGUUCACUAUGAUGAUCUGAAAUGCAGUGUGCUGGUUCCAUAAUGCCAUCUUUACAAUGUUGUGCCCCUUUCUUGACGUAGCAAUUUGUUGGGUUUUUUUGUAAUAAAGCUGGUAUCUUAGUAACCACUUGUGAAUAUGGAUUAAAAUGCAUUGCACAGGUCGCAGAACUCAGUUUUACUUUUGGCAUCAAGUUAUGUCGCUUUUUUAACGGGGAUUUUUUUUAUUUAAUCAUUUAUCUCAGUACACAUUGCCCCUUCUAUACUAAUUAUGUCUAUGUUUUCAUUAUUUGAACUUUUUUUCUAGUGAUGAGGCUUUUGAAUAGGUGAGCGAUGCUGUCCUCUGACAGCUCUUGUAACUGUAUUUAUAUAUUAAUUUCACAAUGUAAUAUAAUAAGCCUUAAUUUUCAGUUUUUGCAGACAAUUCAGGGAAUUAAUUGAAAUACGAAGCCAAAUUUUUUAUCCUUUUUGGUCGCAUGUAACGUGCUGCAAAAUUCAGAUCACCAAAACAAGGAAUUAAAAGUCUAAGCAUUUUUAACAUUUUUUUCAGUUCAGUGGGAAAUUCUGAAAUUUUGUCAUGAAUUAGAUCCAUGCUAUAGGUAUACGCAGUUGUUGUGACUUUUAAAAGAAACAAAAGUUUCAAGGAGUUAGAAGUCCAAGUUGUUUAAACAAUAGAAAAUUAAAAGCCUUUAACAAACAAUAUGAAAGAGAUAUCCUGAAGUGUUCCCCAUUCAAGAUAAAGUCUCUCAGUUAUGAGGGUAGUAAUAAUAAAGAUAAUGAAUGGUAUUUUUGUACAGUUUUCUUGUAAACAAGAGUAAUGUUUAAAAACGUGUAGUCAGUAAGUCGUGAUAAAGUAACCUUCAAAAGUAAAAAAUAAUGUACAUGUUUUAAGGAACAUUGUUCAGAUUAUCUGACAAAUUGGCAGACAGAUUUCUAAUAUGCUGCGCUGCCAACAGUUUUGGGUGCAUACUUCCUAAGUGCAAUGAAAUUAAAUUUCUAGAUAGCUUUUACAAGAAGAAAAUCGCAAAAUAUAUUUCACAACUGGAUUUCUUUGUGGGUCAGUUUUAUAGUUUGAUUGUACUGUGGAUUGGGUGAUUUUAGUGGUACCUUUUUUUCCUGAUUUGAUAGAUAACAGAGCUGUUUCUGUUAUGCAUCAAAAUCAGGUUUAUCGUAGAAUAACCCGAGUUUAGAGUUCUUAUGCAUAUGAAUAUAUCACUCAGGCCUUUGGCCUUCGUGAUAUAUUUCUUCACAUGAGAAUGGCAAACGAGGGUUAUUCUACGAUAAACUUUAUUUAGAUACAUAUUAUUUCAAUUCUAACACGACUUACUUCAAAUAAUGUUAGACAAGAAUCAGGGGAGUAUUUUCAUCGAAACGUUAAUUACAACUGCAUGCUAUGCCGCAGCAUUUGGCUUUCAAAAUUUCCUCCCGCAUAAGGGGUGAUGACGUUAGUUUUUAUUCACUUUAUAAACUUUACACACAGUUUAUAAAUGGAUUAGCCAAAACACGGUGCGCACAUAGCAUAGUUCAAGGUCAGUUUAUUGCAGAAUAACCCGAGAUAGAUUUUGCUCUACAAGUAUGUAGGUUAUUAGCUGGUCGUGUUAGAAUAAGGAAUAAUACUUAUAGUUGUUUUUACUGAUGGAGAUGAUGUUUUUUAAUAUUCUUGAGUUUUAGUUCACUUUUCACUGUGGAUGGUGGAAAUUAGCAAAAAUGGAAACUCUAGUGAAUAUUACCAAAGUUACAUUAAUGUGUUACAUUAAUGACUAACAUUUACAAAUAAGCAUACAAUUAUUAUGCAUAUACUUUUUGCGGAUAUUCCCUUCCAUAAAACUAUGGAAUCAUAUUAUUACUUUGUAUAGAUAGUUUCUGUUCAUGCUUAUUUAAGGGUUAUUUAUGGAAUUUUAUGGGCUUUCGUGUUUUGAUAGGUAGGGUGUCUGUAUUUCAAGGGUUUUAGCAAUAUGUUUUUCACUGAAUUGACAUCAUGUUCAUUAGUUUAUCGACUGUGAUGUUAAUGUAAAUAUUUUCAAGUUUUAUUUGAUAGAUUAGUAUUUUUAUAGUAACGUCAUUCCUUGCCAAUGAUGGUUUUAUUUACAGGAUAUUUUUUAUUCUUUUUCAAUGACACUUGCAUUGUGAUAGUUUAAGAAAGUGUCCAUUUAUGACAUUUAUUUGCUUUAAAGGCACUCGCUACAGUUUUUCCGGAUGGGUCGAUAUUUACCCCAAGACCGUGCCAAUUUGAAACACCUUAAAAUCCGCUUAUUAAGAAAUCUGCCGUUUGAUAAUUAUAUAUAUAUUUUUCUAAGUCAUUUGCUCAAACACUGAAAGAGUAUUUCAUACCAACCUGUGUUGUAUAAAUGCCCGCCACACCCCACCUCGUUAUAAUUUGAUUUAAGCGAAAUCUAAUAUGGUGACCUAUCAAUUUUCUUUUUGUUUUAGAUUAGGUAGACAUAACCAAAGGUAUGUGCAGAGUUUGAUUAAAUUCUAUUAUGUGAAACUCGAUAAAAUAGCAGAAGUACCAACUUAAAACUGGCAAAAAUAGCCAUUGUGUCUGCUGAACAAGUAUUCCUUUCUUUACAAAAUCAUGUUCUUUUGAUUUCUCUGAGCAUGUUUCAAAUAGAUAUAUUGUUUUCCGUUAUGAAAAUGCUUAGAUAAUCAAAUUUAUGCUGAUUAUUGUACUUUACUGAAAGAUAUUUUAGGAUUACAGAAAUUUUGAAAAAAAUUAACCAUAUCUAGGGGCAAAUUAAAUUGAAACAAAGCUGGUGACCUAGUAUUUUUAUUUCAUUUUUCAAUACAUCUUAACAUGGUCUUUUAAUACAAAACAUUCCAUCAAAAUCUAUUAUUGAGAAAAAAAAUACGAAACUGUAGUGAGCGUCCUUGAGCUAGAAUCACAUUGCCCUGGAUGGGGUUGCGGAUAGAGUUUACGAAUAGCAUCCAUAAUGCAUCCACUGAACUCCUCAAUCAUUCAUAAGUCAUCUGGUGUAUCUGUUCAGAAAUCGGGGGCAUCUGUGGGCAAGGGUGCAAAGUUUAUAAUAUAAUACUUUGUAUAUCCAGGAAUCCGUUAUAAAUCCGUAACAGUUCUGAAAAGGUCGUAAAAGAUCGUAACUGUCCAGAAGACAAACACUAUGGUAAAAAAUAUGAGCUAUUACGGUUUUAUUAUUUAUAACGUAACAAACUUGCAAAACCCUUUUUUUCUUAAACAUCCGGAGCAAUCCGGGCAUGGGAAUCCUGAACUCAUCUGCAAGCCCAUUGGGGGCAGUGUAAUUCUAGCUGUAAGAGACAUAUCUUGAGAUGAUUAUCACAGUAUGGAACUUCAUAGGAAACAUGAACAAUCAUGUCACUUGAAUGUUAUGGAAUGCAUCUCUAAUCCAAACAAUAAAGAAUGUCUCAACUGCCUGUAUAUGUGGAGUUUGCAGUUAUUGGCUUUGAAAUGGGAUUUGAGAUUUUUGCUCAGUAAAUUGAAUAAAAAUUUGAGAAUACUUGU